AUGGCACAAUCAACUAUUUUGCCAAUGCAUUGCAAGUAUGCAAUUUAUAUGGAAGGUAAUUUGUCAUUUAAAGAAGAGAAUGAUAUGAUACAGUUUAAGAGUGCAAUAAAGAAAUUUCAAAUUGAAGUAGACGAAAUUCAAAAGAAAUACCCAGAUGCCAAGUUGGGAGGUGCUUUAGCAUUUGGUUCGGAUAUAUGGCCAAAGAUAACAACUAUUUCAAAACCACCAGAACUAAAAUCAAUCAAUACUCUUAAAUACCUACCCAAUACAACACAGCGUGAUAUGCUAUGUCAUAUAUUAACUGAUCAUUUUGAUGUUGCAUUCAUGCUUGCUCAAGAUACACUAAAGAAUUUUGGUCACACUUUCAAGAUAACUCAAGAGGUACAUGGAUUUAGAAGGGUCGAAGAACGUGGUUUGGACGGGUUCGUAGAUGGUACAGAAAACCCUGAGGGGGAUGAACUAAGAACGAAAUUUGGAUUAGUUCCUGCAGGACAACCACACGAGUUUGGAAGCUAUGUUUUUACUCAGCGUUGGGAACAUCAUUUAGAAAAUUGGGAUAAUAAAUCAACAAAAUAUCAAGAAGAUACCAUUGGUCGUACUAAAAAGGAAUCAGAGGAAAUUCCUGAAGAUAAACGUCCAGAGGACUCCCAUGUGUCCAGAACCGAUUUAAAUGAGGACGGUGUCGAUCUUAAAAUCAUUAGACAGUCUCUUCCUUAUGGUACUGCAUCCACAUUACAACCCCAUGGUCUUUUCUUUAUUGCCUAUGCCACUCGUCUACACAAUAUAGAAAAACAACUAGAAUCAAUGUUUGGUAAACUCGAUGGUAAAAAAGAUAGAGUUUUAGCUUUUACCACUCCAGUGUCAGGUUCAUAUUAUUUUGCCCCAUCAAAGAUGGAGCUAAUGAAUCUAUGA